AUGCCUGCAGACGUUUUGCACGAGCUGAAAUCCGACGCUGAGUAUGCGGACGAGAAUGAACGAGAACGAGAUCUACAGCGAGCAGUCGGCCCGAUAACGAGGAGCCGCGCUAAGAAGAUCGCACUGAGUGAAAACAUGCGCGCAAUGGGAGGAACGACUGUGACGGUGCUGCUAGAAGAUCCUGAACUGGUACGGACGGCGACGACUGAGGUGACGGGCGCCCGAGGCGUAGAGGUCCGAGUGACUAAGUGA